UUUUCGUUGGAGAUGAGAGCAACGAAGCGUAAACAUUAUGGUAAGCAGAGUCAUCUGAGUAUAAACCGAAAAAUUAAAUGCUGUGAAACAGGGUGAAUAUUAACCAUGUCGAAACAAGCAGCUGCAGCGUUUCACAUCUCGCAAGAUGACCUCCUGAUAUUUCUUGACUUAAAAUAUGAACCAGAAGAAAUUGCACCCGCGAUCAAAAUUUCAGAUCAUGCGAAACACGUGAUUUUGGUGGUGUCCAUUUUUCUCUUCAUCGUUGCCAUCGUAACAUGUGGCUGUACAUUAUGUUUGUGGAUGUUUUCGAAAAGAAAACGAGGAUAUGAACCGUUAGAAAAGAGUGAAAAAGCAGAUCUAGCAUGUGAUGAAGAUGCUAUUAACGGCUCCGUCAAUGGCUCUCCUGCUCUUCCACAAAUGUCUGAAAAACCGAAAGUUUCUUCAAACUUUACGACGAUGGAAAAGGACAUUUUCGACGAAGAAGAGAUUCGUAAACUACGCGUUACUGAUGUGGAUUUAUCAUCAAGUUAUUAUGUAAACAGGAAGCGACUGCAGGUGAACGUUCGACGUGUCGUUCUCUCAGAAGUAAAUGAACAGCUCACACAAAACGCUUAUGUCUACAUGGUCGUGUCUCUACUGCCAGAGAAAAGUGCGUUUUACGAAUCAGAGCUUCGUCCAGUUGCAGAAGAAAAUUAUUUUGAGGAGGCGUCAGAGUUUGACGUUGUACAAAGUGAAUUACCAUCCAGACAAUUAAAAAUUGCCAUAUAUGCAUGCGACAGGUUCUCGCAACAUAGACUUGUCAAGGAGUUUGGGUACGACUUGUCAACAGAGGAAGGUGAAGAUGUAGAACAACCAGCAAGUGUGUUACCUGUAAAAAUGAACGAAACAUACCGUAGUCCUGACAACAAUGCGGUUGCUCCCAGUGAAACACCGCGUGGUGAAGUUUUGUUCUCGUUGUGCUACAUGCCAACUUCUGGUCGACUAACAUUUGUUGCUUUAAAAGGAAGAAACAUUCACGACGCCAAAGAAACACCUCUUGCAACCUAUCUAAGAGUUUCCCUUCUCGUUGCCGGUAAAACAAUGAAAACAGUACAAACUUCCAGCGUGCGCAGAUCUACUGCACCUGUUUAUAACGAAGCAUUCGUGUUCCAUACACCAUUGGAAAGAAUUAAAGAUACUGAUAUCAUUGUUUCCGUUAUGACAUACGGUCAAAACGAAUCACAACCGAAAAUGUUGGGCAAAAUAAUCGUUGGUCCAGAAUCCGACAACAACCUGGGAAGAAAACAUUGGGAAGCAAUGUUGACGUCACCAAGGAAACCCGUGGCUCAGUGGCAUUCACUUAAUGAAGCUUCGUAAACAAACUUACAUGAAAUUCGAUUGCAUUUUUUAUAACAUCGUAUUAACUAUGAUGGAAACAUGUACUUUAUGUGUUAAAUGCUGAUCUUUUUUGUUGCCAAAGUAUUGUAUUUAUUUUAAUAACAAAAUCAAUUGAAGGUUUUUGAA